UGGCUGUAGGUUGUGUCGCUGGCCAGCAGUGCUAACACUGCUAGCUAAGGUUUCUCAGCCUAAAGAGAGAAUAAUAUUUACAACAAUAGCCAGUUUACUGCUGUUAGGUGUCAAUGGUUGCAUGUACUUUUCUGGUGCACAGCCUAUGAAUAACGUCAACCACCACUGAGGACUAACAAUGCUAAUAGCUAGCUACCAUGCUGCUAUGUGCUGACGCCAGCUAGCUAAUUAACUAUGUCGCUUGCAAGCUGCAUAAGUUAAAUUUAAAAAAUAAAACAUUUAGCAGACGCUCUUAUCCAAAGCGAAUGCAUACAUUUCCGUACCGGUACCCCGUGGAAGUCGAACCCACAACCCUGGCGUUGCAAGCGCCAUGCUCUACCAACUGAGCCAUACGAACAUUUUAUGUUUAAAACUAAAGGGAGGCUAUUAUGUGGCCUGAUAAGUCAGGCCCUGGAUGCUCUCAUCAGUAGUUCUGAAGAUUGGACACAACAAUGACAUUAUAAAGGACGCUAACAGAAAGGCAGCAUGUCUUCAGGUCACCGGCUGCGAGAUGUAGAGCAACAGCACCCCCUGCUGGACGGAGAGGAGGCUGCAGUGGGUUCUGCAGCAGGGGAGACGGAGCAGGUGUGGUUCAUCCAGGACGGCUGUGGCAUGGUCUGUGCCUUCAUUACCUGGUUCCUAGUGCUCUACGCUGACUUUGUGGUCACCUUUGUCAUGCUGCUUCCUUCCAAGAGCUUCUGGUACGCUGUGGUCAACGGCGUGGUCUUCAACUGCCUGGCCGUGCUGGCUCUCACCUCGCACCUACGCACCAUGCUCACCGACCCGGGAGCUGUGCCCAAAGGCAACGCCACCAAGAAAUACAUGGAGAGCCUGAACCUAAAACCAGGAGAGGUCAUCUAUAAGUGUUCCAAAUGCUACAGCAUCAAACCUGAGAGAGCCCAUCACUGCAGUAUUUGUAAGCGCUGCAUCCGUAAGAUGGAUCACCACUGUCCCUGGGUGAACAACUGCGUCGGCGAGAACAACCAGCGCUUCUUUGUCCUCUUCACUAUGUAUAUAGCGAUGAUCUCCACUCAUGCUCUCGCCCUGAGUGGGUACCAGUUUGUAACCUGUGUCAAGCUCCAGUGGAGUGAGUGCAGUGACUUUUCCCCCCCGGUGACGGUGAUGCUGAUGAUCUUCCUCUGCCUGGAGGGCCUCCUCUUCCUCACCUUCACCGCUGUCAUGUUUGGCACUCAGGUCCACUCCAUCUGCAACGACGAGACGGAGAUUGAGCGUCUGAAGAACGAGAAGCCCACGUGGGAGAGGCAGGUUCGCUGGGAGGGCAUGAGGAGCGUGUUUGGAGGCAAGCCGUCACUGCUGUGGAUCAAUCCGUUUGCCGGGCUCCGAUUGCGCCGGCUACUCGCCACACGCUCCCGGAAAGCUGGCCCUGAGUUCUCUGUCUGACCUCUCACCUUAUCAGCAGUUUCUUACUGUACUGUCUGAGACAAUCUGUAGAACCUGACUCAGGAGCUGGCUUUGACACCAGGGUCCUGUUCAUUUCAGGCACCAAACGGAAGAAAACGGACUCAAACAAGGAAGGUCCAAUAAGAAACGCAAUUUUUUUUGUUUUCUGUUGCAAAAUGUUUUCCAUCGUGUGCCCUAAUGAACACAACCCAGCUACAAGGAAGACUCGAGUUCUAUCCAACAACAUGGACAAUGGUGCUUCUGAACAUCACGUCUGUAUAGGUGGCAUGGAUCAGGACUCAAGACUAUUGAGAGAGCCAUUGAAACCUGUUGAAAGAUCAAAUGAAGGUGUGCUGUAGUCCUUAAACAGACAAACACUACAUAUUGCACAGUUACAGGAAGCCUACAGGGAGGAGGAUUCACUUCAUCUGUUUAUUUAUUGACUUCUUUUUAAAGACACUCAUUGUUGUGUUCUUCUCUUCCUGUCACUCUGGGGGUGUGCGAGUGAGUAAAGCCUGAUUUUAUACCUUACCUACAGUACAUGCACAAUGCAAGAACCCAAUUGGCUACUCAAGAUGGCGAUGUCGUGUACUGGUGUCUGCUUACAAAUUGCUGGAGUGCACACGUCUGCGUACUUUGUCUUACGCAACUAGCAGGACCGCCAUUUUACGUCACUAAUUGUAAUUCUUGCAUCCUAUGUAUAAAAUGAGGCUUAAGUGUCCCUCCCUACCUGACAGUAGCUAGCUGUACCUCUGGAAAAAUUAUGUACUAGAAUUGGUGUUAACCACUAUAUAUCCAUUAAUUAAACAUUUAAAAAAACAUUUUAUGAAAAUAUUGCUGGAUAUAUUGCUUGAGAAUCAUGUUGUUUUUGCCUAAAUGUCAGUUUACAUUCUCUGUAUUGCAUUUGUUUUAUACCUUAAAAAUACAUGUUUACUGCUUGUAGGAGUUAGAUGAGUUGGGGUGGGGAUGGAGGAGUAUGAAAUAUGAAUAAUUAAUGGUUGCCAGCAAGAUGAUAGAGAAAUACUAGAAUCAGCAGUUUGGAUUCUGCAUGAGGCAAUCGCAUCAACUUUUAGUAAUGUGUCUGACAAAUUUGCUGUGACGUGGACAAGGAACUUGUUUCAUUAGCCAAAAGUUAGCAUUGAACCCUUGGUCAUGGUUAUUUCAAUGGGAAGUAUGCUAUGAUAAUUUAAGUGUGCUCUGAUUAAAGGUACACUUAGCGAUGCACAAAGGAAACCGCAAUAUCGGUCCAAAUUCCACAACUAACAGCAUUGAAGCUCAAGGCUAAACUUCUCUGCUGUUUUGUUCCUGUCGCUACCACGUUGUAGCAUCGUGAAGAACACCCGUGGCUACAUACUCUGUGACUUCCUCACAAGUAUUCCACUGCAGUACACUCCCCUAUGUAUACCGGGGACUCUCCUGUCACGCUGAUUGUAUGAUUCUGAAAUUCUGAGCAAGUCUGAUUAACCAUGAUAAUCUUUUUUUAUUUGACAUGAAAAUGUUUUGAAGACGUGAUGGACUGGAUAAAGGAAUGUAUUAGGACUGAGUUUUUAUUUUAUGUUUGGUUUGGAGAUGUUAUGUACUUCUGUUUUGAAACCUUACAGUUUUUUCACAGCUACAUUUACUGUGCUCCCAUUAAAUCAACUUAAUUACC